AUGACUAACAUAUUUAUAACAGCUACAGAUACAGAUGUAGGUAAAACUACAAUUAGUGCACUUUUAUGCUUACAUUAUGGAUGUAGUUAUCACAAGGUGAUUCAAUCUGGAGAUCUUGAAAAUAGUGAUAGUAUGACAAUUUCACAACUAGUACCUAAUGUGAAGAUAUAUCCUGAACAAAUAAAAUUAAAAAAGUCGCUAUCACCUAAUUUAAGUGCAGAAUUUGAAAAUAAAGAAAUAAGUUUAUCUGAUUUUAAUUUUGAUUUACUUAGUCAAGAUAAUGUUAUUAUAGAAGGAGUAGGUGGAAUUUUGGUACCUUUAUCAGAUAAGUUAGAUAUAAUUGAUUUAAUAGAAUAUUCUGGAAUGGUUACUUUAUUAGUAGUUCCAUCACGAUUAGGCAUGAUCAAUCAGGCUAGGAUGGCUUUAAAUUUAUUAAAAAAUAGGAAUAUUAACAUUAUUGGAUUUGUUACAAAUGGUGAAUAUAGACCAGAUGAUUUUAAUGUUAUUUCAAGAUUAACAGAUACAAAUCAUUUAUUUCAUAUACCAACAAUGAAGAUAAUUAAUCAUGAAUCUUUAAAAUCACUUAAAAUUCCAACAGAUUUAUUCUGUUCUAUUGAAAAAAAUGAACAUUUAGGAAUAUGUAAGAAAAUAUCUGAAUAUAAUACAAAUAAUCAAUUAUUAUGUUUAAAUUUAUGUGAAAGAGAUAGUAAAAUGAUUUGGCAUCCUUAUACACAACAUGGAAUUGAAUCAGAAUUUAAAUGUUUUAUAUCUGGAUCAGGCAGUUUUUUGAUAGAUGAAGAAGGAAAUAAAUGGCUAGAUUUAAUUAGUUCUUGGUGGGUUAUAACUUUUGGACAUUGUGAUAAAAAAUUAUCAGAAGCAAUUACUAAGCAAGUAAAAACUUUGGAUCAUAUAGUAUUUGCAGGAUAUACACAUGAACCUGCCAUUAAAUUAGCUGAAAUGCUUUUAGAUUUAAAUUCUCAAUAUUUUCAUAAAGUAUUUUAUUCAGAUAAUGGUUCAACAGCAAUUGAAGUAGCACUUAAGGCUGUAAUACAUUAUUACCAAAAUAGAGGGCAAAGGAAUAGAAUUAGUUGGUUAGCUUUAGAAGGAGGUUAUCAUGGUGAUACAUUUGGAGCAAUGUCUGUUGGUUAUUCAUCAAAUUAUUUUAAACCUUAUUAUGAGUUUUUAUUUCAAAAGAUUCAUUUUAUACCAUAUCCAGAAUCAUAUGAUGAUACUACUGAAGAACAAUGGCAAAUAGAUUGUGAAUUAAGUUUAAAUAAAGCAAAAUAUAUUAUUUCAUUUAUUGGAAAGGAAAAUAUAGCUGGUAUGAUCAUAGAACCACUAAUACAAGGUGCUUCUGGUAUGAGACAAACUCGUCCUGAAUUUCUUAAUAAAUUAUUAAGUAUAUGUAAAGAUAAUGAAAUUAUUGUAAUAUUUGAUGAAAUAUUUACUGGAUUUGGACGUACAGGAACUUUAUUUGCUUAUCAACAACUUAAAUAUAUUCCUGAUAUUUUAUGUUUAUCUAAGGGAAUAACUGGAGGAGUUUUACCACUAUCUGUUACAUUAUUUCCUCAAUAUAUUUAUGAUGCUUUUGUAUCAGAUAAUAUAUCUACUGCCUUUAUACAUGGACAUUCAUUUACUGCUAAUCCAAUUAGUUGUUCAGCUGCAAUUGCAAAUUUAUCUAGAAUUAAUAGUGAAAAUACUUUUGCACUUAUUCAGAAAAUUAAUGAUGCAAAUUCAGCAUUUAUUUUAGAACUUAAAAAAAAGUUUGAGGAUAGAAUAUAUAACUAUUUUACGAAAGGUCCCUUAUGCGUCUUUUCUUUAAAAGAUAAGUACGAAAAUUAUGGAUUAAAUUUUAAUAUUAUAAUUAAAAAAUGUUUGGAAAGAAAAUAUCUUAUUAUAAGGCCUUUAGGUAAUAGAAUUUAUCUUCUUCCACCUUAUGAAAUUGAUAUAGAAACUUUACAACAAGCCCAUAAACUUAUCAUUGAAGCUCUAUUUGAACUUAACAUUUAA